AUGAAGAGGCCGCUAUUCAGGUGAGGUGCAGGUUCAGUUCAUGUUCUUGAAACCGGCUCUCCUUCCACUUCUUCUCACUUUCUUCUCCCCAUUCUGUCAAAUACAGCCUUUCCAUCUGGGGGAGGAGGGAGUUGGUGGGUGGGGGGUGUUUAUGGUCUCACAUACUUCUUCCGGAGGUGGUGGGCUAUUCAGAGAGCCCGAAAGGCACCAUAGAAUACACGUGUGAGUUGGGCUGACAGUUGUGUUAAGGCGGAGCGAGGAGCCGUUUCACACACCAGCAGAGGACAACCGGCGGGAUUGGACGCAUCACAGAUUAUUCAUUUUCCCAGGCUACUGAGAUUGUGGAUUAAACAGCACCAUGGAUGUACUCGCCUUGGAGGCAAAGAGUGUAAACGGAGCAGAUGCUGAGAAGAAGUCUUCAUCGAGGCCCAAGCCGAAACCUCCCAAAAAGGCCAAAAGGAUUGUUUACUUUGAGGUGGAGAUCGUGGAUUUAAAGACUAAGGAGAAACUGCUGCUGCUGGAUAAAGUGGAGCCAACGGCCACUGUUUUGGAUAUCAAAGCCCUAGUUCACAAAUCAUAUCCAAAGUGGUAUCCAGCCAGACAAUCGCUGCGUUUGGAUCCAAAGGCAAAGUGUCUCAGGGAUGAAGAAAUUCUGCAGACACUUCCUGUGGGAACCACAGCCAGCUUUUACUUCAGGGAUCUGGGACCUCAGCUCACAUGGGGAACGGUGUUCCUGACAGAGUGCGUAGGCCCCCUGAUCAUCUACCUAAUGUUCUACUUCCACCUUCCCUUCAUCUACUCUCCGAAAUACGACUUCACCAGCAGCAAGCACUGGGUCGUACACUUGGCCUGCAUAUGUCACUCCUUUCACUACAUUAAGAGGAUCCUGGAGACAAUGUUUGUCCAUCGCAUCUCCCACGGGACCAUGCCACUCAAAAACAUAUUUAAGAACUGUGGCUAUUACUGGUGCUCUGCAGCUUGGAUGGCGUACUACAUUAACCACCCUCUCUAUACCACACCAUAUUACGGACAGAUGCAGGUGAAUGCAGGACUCUACGUUUUCUUGUUCUGUCAAAUCGGGAAUUUUUCCAUCCAUGUUGCACUUCGUAACCUCAAACCACCAGGUUCAAAAACCAAGAAGAUUCCUUUCCCGACAAAAAAUCCCUUCACGUGGAUGUUCUGGCUCGUGUCUUGUCCGAACUACACAUAUGAGGUGGGCUCCUGGAUCGGCUUCACGGUGAUGACGCAGUGUGUCCCUGUGGCUUUCUUCACCCUUGUGGCCUUCAUCCAGAUGACAGUGUGGGCCAAAGGCAAACACGGCAGCUACUUAAAGGAGUUCAGAGAUUAUCCGACCCUGCGCUCCUCCAUCCUCCCCUUCAUCCUGUAGAGCCUGGCAGAUCAAACCCCGCUGUCUGCCCACAUCCUUCCCUUUUCUUUUUUAUAAAAAGGACCGUUUCCACACUGGAUGUCAGAAAGUGUGCUGAGGUCGACAGGAUUUUGGUCAUAUGGACUCCAUGUGACUGGUUGUUUUUUUUUACAUGAAACUCCAUAGCAAGGAUUGUCGGACAGGUGAAGGCAGGACUGUUAAGAGGCGGAGGGAGCAAUGUGAGUUAAAUACAGCAAAGUCUUAAUAUAAUGUUGUAGGUUAUCUUGAAAAGCGAGAAGAUGAAACAAAUAUUUUGCUACUUGUGCCGCUAUGUAUUUUGCUUUACUGUUGCAUUGAGUGCCAUUUAGUUUCACAUUAUGUUCGUGGAUUACUUUUUGUGGUCUCUGGCAGCGUGAUGAGUGGUUUCCCACAGAGCUGUGCAACCAAGAGACUAAUCUGCAUUGCCAAACUAGUGUGCAGCCUGGAGCUGACAACUCAUGCAGCGCUCUAACGAUGCAAGUGACAAUUAAGCUUCAGCCGAGGGCGAGGAAAAAUAUUUUUUUGUCUGUACGUGGAUCAAAAGUAAAAAAAAAGAAAAACUGCGAACAGCAUGAACACUUACAAAAAUAUACCUCUUACUAGAUAAGAUGAUGAUGGUGCAUAAAGAGAAAGGAGACGGUUUCCCAGUGUUUCAUAUUCAGUAUGUUCAGACCUUUUAUUUCAUUUGUGUACUAGUUGAAGAGUUGUGCAGCAACAGAGAUGGACUGUCAUUUCGGAUUUGAUAAGGACAAAUGAUUGUUUGCUAUUCCAUCUCCACUGAACGGAAUUUAUAGAACGCUGCAACGGCUGAACCUUCAAAUUAAAAUAAGUUUUAUUUUAUUUGACUAAAUGUCCUGCUACAAGUUUCCUUUAAGGAGAGUAUUCAGUGGCAACAAAACUUUUACCUGCAGUGAAAAGUUUGUUUACAAUAUUUGACCCUCUCAAGGAAACAAAUGAUUUUAGUCCUUAUUAAUAACCAAGUUAAUAAACAGAAAAGAAGUGACUGAA